UAUACGCCGCGCGGCGCGUUAUUGCCUUCGUCGUUUCAUCGACGGUCCCAUUCUAUUUCUGACCGUCUACACUUCAGAAUCAGUUUUUGGUUUCGCAAUAAGAUAAGAAAGCAAGGGGACAAAAGGAGAUACUCUACUGUUCUGCAUUGGCCGUGAUCUCUAAAUCGGCAUCAGGAUGAAGUGGACGACGAGAUUGACGAUGCUUUCGGCGCUUUUCGGCGCAUUCUUUGUCGCGGCGCAGCAGCAAGGGUGCAACAACGCGAAUGGUGGUUUGGGCUGCCUGAUCGACAACGUGGCCAAGUCACCGGGAACACCCUCGACAACCAGUGGAAGCCCGACGGCGAUUAAUGACGAAAAAUGCGAAUGUGUGCCGUACUAUCAGUGCCAAAACAACACGAUAGUCACCGAAGGAAUUGGCAUAAUUGAUAUCAGGUCCGGUGUUAGUAACCCUGCCACAAAUAAAUCGAGUGGAUUGAGGGGGGCUUGCGACAACUAUUUGGACGUAUGCUGCAACCCACCAGACCUUCUGAAAGCAAACGAAACAAUCAAACCGACGCCGACAGUGCGGAGAGGAUGCGGUGAACGCCACCCGGACGGUGUUGGUUUCAGGAUAACCGGACAUACCGAUAACGAGGCUCAGUUUGGCGAGUUUCCGUGGAUGGUUGCCAUUCUCAGGGAGGAAAUUAUCAGCGGCAAUACCACGCCGCUCAACGUUUAUCAGUGCGGUGGCGCCCUGAUCCACCCUCGGGUCGUCCUCACCGCUGCUCACUGCGUUAAUGGGCGCAGGAAACAGGCCUCAACAUUGAAAAUACGAGCCGGGGAAUGGGACACCCAGACGAAGAACGAAAUAUUCCCACACCAGGACCGACAAGUCUCGAUAGUCGUCGUCCACGAGAAGUUCCACUCGGGUGCCCUCUACAACGACGUUGCUCUUCUGAUACUCUCGGAACCCGUCGAUAUUGCCGAGAAUGUUGACCUAGUCUGCCUACCCCAAACGAACGAGAUCUUCGAUGGAUCACGGUGCUACGCCAGCGGAUGGGGCAAGGACAUUUUCGGUAAGGAAGGCCACUAUCAGGUGAUCCUGAAGAGAAUAGAUCUUCCCGUCGUUCCCCACGGCUUGUGCCAAACUACCCUGCGUACCACCCGCCUCGGAAAGUACUUCCAGCUGGACCCGUCGUUUAUAUGCGCAGGCGGAGAAGCCGGCAAGGACACCUGCAAGGGUGACGGUGGAAGUCCUCUCGUAUGUCCGUCGAAGAGUGACCCGACGCGAUACGUCCAGGCUGGUAUUGUCGCCUGGGGAAUCGGUUGUGGGGAGCAACAGAUUCCCGGUGUUUACGCGAACGUCGCUAGUCUGCGUUCCUGGAUCGAUGAGCAGAUGGUUUACAACAACUUGGACAUCACUACGUACCAGGCCUAAUCAACGUUCGGAAUAUCUAUUUCGAUGAGCACUGCACUGCAUUUCUUCGCUAGAAACACGGAAAUGCAAUUUUUGUUCAUCGAACACACGCACACAGUUUCUGCAGUGCAAUAUUCAUGGUUCUUUCAUUCUCACUUAUUACGAGCCAACCGUACAAGUUAAUAAAUAAUUUUCGGUCCCGGAGCCUCGGAGGUCGUACGUAUAUAUUUGUUUGCAUAUGCACGGUACAAAUGAGAUAUUGCAAAUUACAGUAAACGCUAAUUUUACGAUUCAUUGGGGUAAUUAUUGAUAAUACAAAUUUACUUGGCAUUCAAAAUGUGUAGAUUCAUGGCAACGUCGGUGGGUGAAAAUGGGUCAAAGGUUCGGUAAUCAGCUUUAAAAAAUGGCAUUUACAGUUAUGAAUACGGACAUUCGUACAGCAACGUGCGACGGUAGAUAAUUGGUUUCGAAAAACGGCCUAAUGAUGAUAGUAAGUAAUAAUUGUCCGUAAAUAAAGCCCUUGCGUUGUUCUAAAGGUAUAGAAAAUUCAA